GUUCAAAAUUAUGACCGACCACAAGAGUUUGAAGUAUUUAAUGGAUCAUAAGGAGUUGAAUAACCGACAAAGAAGAUGGUUGGAGUUGUUGAAGGACUACGACUGCACAAUUGAUUACCAUCCUAGUAAGGCAAAUGUGGUCGCCGAUGCACUCAGUCGAAAGGGAAGGUUGUCAGAAUUAGUGGAAAUGAGAGCUUUGGGGGUGGAGUUUCAGGUGGAGGACAUCACCACCCUAAUUGCACACCUAAGCAUUCGACCACUACUCCAUGAUCAAAUUAGAGAAAGUCAACAAGUAGAUCCUGAGUGUAUCGAGAAGUUGAAGCAAGUUGAAGUGGGGGAAGACAGUGAAUUCAUGGUGGAAGAAGGCAUACUAAAAAGGCAUGGUCGUACGUGGGUUCCAGAGUCGGGUGAUUUAAUACGAAGAAUUCUGGAGGAAGCCCAUUCAUCCAUUUAUGCCAUGCACCUGGGGGUCACAAAGAUGUAUAACACGAUUAAAACAUAUUUUUGGUGGUCGGGAAUGAAGCGAGAGGUGGCUGAGCAUGUUCAAGCUUGUCUAGCGAGAGGUGACCGCACUCUUGCAGCCGCUGCCAAUUCCAGAGUGGAAAUUUGAGAGGAUCACGAUGGAUUUUAUGACCGGAUUUCCUUCUACCUGGGAAGGAAAAGAUGCCAUCUGGGUAAUUGUAAAUCGAAUGACUAAAGUGGCACAUUUUAUCAUCAUUCGAUUCAAGCCAAGUAUGGAAGAGUUAGCGAGGCUGUACAUAAGUCACAUUGUUCGACUUUAUGGUGUUCCUCUAUCCAUUGUCUCAGAUCGAGAUCCCAGUUUCACAUCACUCUUCUGGGAGAGCUUGCAGGAGGUGAUGGGUACGAGACUUAAUUCCUCCACGGCUUAUCACCCUCAGACGGACGGGCAGUCUGAGCAGACAAUACUUAUUUUGGAGGAAUUAUUACGAACCUGUGCAGUGGAAACAGGUGGACCUUGGACGGAUUUACUACCCUUGGUGGAGUUUGCCUAUAACAACUCUUACCAUAGUAGUUUGCAGGCUGCACCAUUUGAAGCUUUGUAUGGAAGGAAGUGUCGUACCCCGCUAUGUUGGGAUGUUUAGGGUACUCGGGUUCUUACUGGACCACAAAUGGUCCAAGAUACGGAGGAGAAGGUGAAGGUGAUCAAAGAGAGAUUGCGGGUAGCUCAAGAUCGCCAGAAGUUAUAUGCCGAUAGGAAGGCUCGAGAAGUUAGCUAUGAUGUGGGAGAUAAGGUGUUCUUAAAGGUAUCCCCAUGGAAGGGAUUGAUGAGGUUUGGAAAGAAGGGUAAGCUAGCACCUCAUUACAUUGGUCCUUACGAGGUUAUCUCCAAAGUAGGACCUGUGGCAUAUGAGCUCGCAUUACCCCGUGAGUUGGAGAAAAUUCACAACGUAUUCCACGUGAGUAUGUUGAAAAAUUAUCAUAUCGAUCCAUCUCAUGUGAUACAACCCGAAAGGGUGGAGUUGGAGCCAGAUUUGACCUAUGAAGAAAAACCUGUGAGCAUUGUGGAUCAUCAGGUACGCAUCCUAAGAAGCAAGCAAAUCCCAAUGCUCAAGGUUAUAUGGCGUAAUCAGGAGGAGGAGGCUGCAACCUGGGAAACCGAGGAGAGUAUGAAGAAGAAGUACCCCGAGCUAGUUGAAGCUUAUGCUCAACGUAUGUCGGCCUAGUACCUCGUGUGUUAGCUCGAUAUGAGUAGGGUACAUUGUAAUAUAUAACCCCUAUUGUAGAGUGAGUGAAUAAGUAUGAAAUAAAAAUUUCCUAAGCCAUUAGAAACUUAAUGGCCUAGGAAAAUUAUCAUGUCGACGUGCUGAGUUAAUCGAUGUUUUGGGACGAGCCGAUUUCGGGGACGAAUUCUAAUUAAGAGGGGGAGAGCUGUAACAUCCCGAACCUCGGAUAAAUUUUUUCCAAGUGGCGGAUGUAUAUUGCACGAUUCGAUACUGGAAAAAAAAUCGAGAAGUUAUCCUAUACGACGUAGGAUCAACCAAACCCCUUGAAAACUCCCCAAAACAUCAAAAAGUGCAACAAAAAUAAAUUGCUAGCUAUAGUAAUUGAACCUUUGACCUAUUAGUUAGAAAGGAAGGGUUCAACAACCUAACCAGUUAGACUAUGCUUGUUUCAAUGAUACAAAAGGAGCCGAGUCAUUAAUGAGCUAAAGAAGUAGGCAUUGCACCAGCAGCUAGCUUGUUUAUGGAGCCGGCUUUGGAACUUGAGUUUCUAACUUUCAAACGUACUGCUCCUUAGAAGGCCGCCCCAGGCCUUUACUCCAUCUGCUGGAAAGUAAAUGAAGAGGUAAGAGCAUGAAUCAAAGAGCUCUAUAAUACCGGUAAGCUAGCUCUCUAUUUUUGCCUUCGUACAAACACCAAGAAGAGAAAAGAAAAGAAAUAAUAUGAAACCAAAGCCUAGCAUAGCCUCUGUAUUCCCAGCAAAGAUUUAGAACCUAUACAAACCUAUUUACAAGCCAAAAUCGUCAAACCAACUCACCAAAUAUUCUUCGCCGAAACUUUUGUCGUGACCUUUUUGUCAGCCAAACCAGCACCAUUAAAGGUAGUAUCAGCUACAAAGCUUGAUACCGUUGCAAAGAGCAAGUCUCCACGAGCAUCACAGAGUUCACGGAAUUGAAUUCCGAGUUCAGGCGAGGGAGAAACAAGGAUGGGAAGUUGGUACGCGAGGUAAGAAAAUUUCCAGUUUUCUGCAGAUUUUGGGACAUGCAGAAAAUUAACAAUUAAUCCGUAACUUCGUACUAACGAUGAUCAACUCGCAAUUUCUUCGUUUGACAUCCAAACGACAAACCGUUUUCGCUUACAGGACCGUAGAAACAAGGAGAAUUUUUGGGAGCCAAUCUCUGGAAUUUUAGAACUUAAUUCCCGACUUGGAAUCAGCUAAAUUAAGGUGUGUGAGGAUUAAGAGGACCUUGAUUAUUGCAUCGAUUAUUUAUGCUUGAUUUACAUAUUUGGAUGGAUGGAUUACUGUAGGCGAUAACUUAUUUGUUGAUAUGAUGAUUUGGUGAUUAUUCUUGAUUGUUAUGGAUUUUAUGGUGUAAAUAUCGGUAUUUGACAAGUUUCACCGUAAAAAUGGAUAGUUGGGUUUAUUGAGUUUAAAACUAAUCUAAGAUAUUUUGGUUUGUCUAAAAUGAUGUUGGGGCAGAUUGAGCAGAAGAUUUCAUUUGAAAAUUGUUUCUGGAUUAAAAACUGCAUAAUGGUGAAUUUUACGGAAAGCUCGGUAAAAACGUGUUUUAUUUAUCUUUAAGAUUUUAAUCACUUUAAAAUGGUCAGUAUGGCUUGUUAAAUGGGUUUUGGUCUGGAAAUUGUAAAUUAGACGGUUGGGGGAGUUUUUAUCUUUAAUAUGGUAAAAACGAGCUUAAUAUGAGAUUUGCGGUAAAGAGCGAGUGUAAUAUUAUUUUCAUGGUUUUGAUUUGUUGAAAAAUUUAAAAACUGGACAGACCUGUUUUAGGAUGAUAAAUGAAGGUUCUUGUAUUUUUGGGAGAUUUUCGGAUUUAUCUUUUUGUGAGAAUUUAAGUUACCGUAAAAUAAUGGUUAAUACGAGAGUUUUGAUAUUUUAUUGUCUAAAUUGAUUUUUAGGACCAGAAUAGAUUAAAUGGAUUUUUGUGUCAAUAAAUUCAUUUACAUGAAUUGUGUGAGGAUUUUAAUGAUGGAAAGUGAAUUUUGAGAUAAGGAUAUUUUUAACUGCAACCGGGUUAUUUAUAAUUAUUUGCGUUGGCGCUAUUUCGUGAAAUUGUUGAUGAAUUUUGGAUGAGGAAUGGUGACAUGGUACUGCUGAGUAGCUUUACUGGAGAAUGAAAUGAUUUAUGUGAAACUUCGAGUUGAUAAUCGACGGGAAAUAUAUAUAUGGACUGGUUAAUUCAUGAGAAUACAUUGAUUCCGGAUUGUUUGUGACGGAUGAGAAAAAUGGAAAUGGUUUGAUUCGUGAUCAUAUUAAUUCACGUAGAUGUAGAAAGGGCCUGCACUUACCCUCACCCCUUGAGAGUGGGUAGAUUUAGCUCGCUUAUGCGAAUGAGUGUUGUGGUUGCAUGAGCACCACGGAUGAGUGUUGUGGUUGCAUGAGUACCAUGGAUUGAGUGUUGUGGUUGCAUGAGCACCACGGAUGAUGAUUUGCUCGAGCGAGGGUAAGUGUAUGGUGACCUUGGCGCCAUUAAUAAUUAACCGGAAUUUUCAUAUCAUGCAUUGAUUAUGUGUGUUCGUGAAAUUAUGUGAUUAUCUUAUUUGAUAAAUUGAUUUGGUGAUGAUGAGUUGGUGGAUUCGAUAAUUUGAUCGGUAAUUUAUAUAUAUGAUGAUUUAAGAUGGCAUCUAGAGUACUAAAUUAUGAUUGAUUACGAUUGUUUGAUUAGCUGAUUGCGGUCCCAAAAUUAGGUCGUGGGAAAGAUCAACACACACAGCUUAGUUGCUGACCCACGUCUGUUUUCAGGCUCGCAGGUGCAACUAGGAUCGGAGGUAGUUUGGAACACUGUUCUGUCAUGGUCACCUAGGAUUUCUGCUUUGAGGGUUUUCAAUAAUAACCCACAUUUUGUAAAAUUCAACAAGUGGGUUGGGGAUCGAAUAAUGAGUUUGUAUGAUAACGGUUUAUGUUUAUGUUUAAUAAUCGGAUAUGAUGUUUGAGAUGAUUGAGUUCAACCAGUAACACCAAGGAUUUGGUUGUGCGGUUGAACCACGGGUUCAACCAUAGAGAUUCUGGAUGGGGUGUUACAGAUCACUCCAGCUGAAAUUAAGGAAACAAUAUUUCAUAUGGGAGAGCUAAAAAUUCCAGGUUUAGAUAGCUUCACUAGGGCUUUCUUCAAGGCUUUCUGGCCAUUUGUGGGUAACGUUGUCAUCAACGCCAUUUCUUCUUUCUUUAGCUCUGGUAAGCUCUUGCGCAACUGACACGCUAAAACACAACACCAAACUGUGACCAAGUGUAAUCGCAGUCCGCAGAUGCAGUAAAGUGGCAAGUUUUAUUUGUCAACCCGGUGUCUAGAUCUACUGCCUACUCCGCGUUUACCUAUUAUCUAGUAAACUAAGUCGAGUGAUUGUGAGUUUAAGGGACAACAAUAAGAAAGCAAUAAAUCGUUC